AUGAUCAACCAACAUUUUCAACAUCAUCUGUUUUUAAAAGAGGAUCAGGAUAUGACUAUGCCUAUAGCGGCAAUUGAGUCACUUGUGACUAUGUUACGACUCAAACAACCAUCGACGUCUUCAGAGUUGAUCAACUUGGUAUCAAAGAAUAUCGAAGUGCUAAAAUCUUCUAUUCCCAAUAAUAUAUCCCUCUCAGCAGGGUGUGACUUAUUCAUGAGAUUUGUCUUGAGAAACACAAACAUAUACAGUAAUUGGGAAUCCUUUUUUAAAAAUUUGAUUGAAAAUGGUGAAUUAUUUGUCAAAAGAGCCAAGAUUUCACGAGAUAAGCUGGCAGAAUUUGGGGUUCCGUUUAUUAAGGACGAUGAUAUUAUUUUGGUGCAUAGUUACUCUCGUGUUGUGUUUACGUUGUUGCUCAAGGCUAGAAAGGAACAACUUACCAGAUUCAAGGUUCUAAUAACCGAGCUGAGACCAACGGAAAAUGGGUACUUGAUGGCUCAAAAGUUGAAUGACGCGGGAAUUCCGUGUGAGGUCAUUGUCGAUAAUGCUGUUGGCUACGUAUUACACAAAGUGGAUAAGAUUUUCGUUGGCGCAGAGGGAGUUGCUGAAAGUGGUGGUAUUAUUAAUCAUAUAGGAACUUACCAAAUUGGAUGCCUAGCGAAAGUCAAUAAUAAACCAUUUUACGUUAUAACUGAGUCUCACAAAUUUGUUAGAUUGUUCCCACUUGCACCUAAUGAUUUACCAAAUAUGAAUUACAUUUCCACAUUGAGUGACCAGGAAAGUGAGUUUAGCGAGAAUUUUAAAAAGAAAUCUGAUCAUUUUUUGGACGAGCAUUUUGUUGAUUUUACUCCGCAUGAGUAUAUUACAGCUUUGGUUACCGAUUUGGGGGUUUUAACGCCAUCAGCCGUUAGUGAGGAGUUGAUCAAAAUUUGUACCAUGUCCAAAUUUGUGAUCCCCACUGCAUUGAAGGAGCUUAGAUUCCACUUGUCACAGACGGGAGAGGCGUCAGUUCCUUUACGGAGCUUUUUGAAGAACAACUAUUCUAAUAUAAAAAGUCAGCUGAACUAUAAAUUGCCUAUACUAAUUCGAGAAAGUUUUGGUGUCCCACCAACUUUGACAGCGAGAUUUGAACGUGGUGAGGAGGUAAAGAGGAAAUUAGAAGGAUUGGAUGAGAAAGGUAUUGCAGAUGCGUUGAAGGAGUUGUUGAAAAAGUAA